GUGAUGUUUAGUAAUGAUUGCGAUUUUUUAAGAGCUCGUGAUGGUAGACUACACCACUAGCAAGCACUUUGUUUUGGAAAUGUAUUUGGGUCUUUCGCUCGCGCUUUCCCUUUUCAUCUUGAGUGUGGAGGUGAGAGCUGAAGAAGCGCCAAAAGGCAUUAUUGAGCUAGACUGCAGAGAAAGAUAUCUUGCUGUACAAGUUCACCUGCACAAUGCUGCCUCUGAGCCAAACUUUGAGGCCAUUGAUACCAUGGGUAUCCAUUCAAUAACAAAAGAAUAUGGUCCAGGCUGCGGGUAUACCUAUGAGCUUUUCAGUGAGAUUGGAAUUGCCGAGUUAAAGGCUUCUUAUUUCUCUUGCCAUACGGAAAACCAGGGUGAUGAGGAGUUCACAUUUAACUUCAAUGUGAUCAUGACAGAGCGACAUGGUGAGGAGGCGACCUAUACAGUGUCUAAGACUUGCACUCUGCCUCUCCCUUGGUCUCCUCGAGAGGUUAACUGUGAAAUGGAUUACAUGGAGGUAAAUGUGGAUAGUGCAGUUCCACAUCUUAGCACUGGGGGCACUGUCAUGCAUCAGCAAUGGGAUGAUUCCAUUUCUUCUGCAUACACUCUGGCCUCUUCCGACUGGCAGCUGACGUUCCUGAAGGAGGGCCAGAGGUCCGCUGUCCUUUCCCUCGACGAGGCUCGUGAGCAAGGCUACAGACUACACUUCACCCCCGGGCGUGUGCUCCUUCGCAUGCCUUACGGCAAACUCUUGUCUCAUGAUUCCAUGAUAAACGGGGUCCCUGUGGAAGUCGUACAUGCCGUCCUUUUCUCCAGACAGAGAUGGUCUGUUGUCAUGUUUGAUCUGGUGGCUGCAUGUAGUAAAGAUGUGGGAUUCUUUGAUGGAACCAGUCUCCACUGGCAAGUUCCAACUGUGGUGUUCCCUGUUUCUAACCACACUGGGUUUGAGACCAAAGAUCUCCGUAUUGGUGUCAGUGGCAAACUCUUGGACCCACUGGUGACCGCAGACAGAGGAUAUAGCCUUAGCACUGAGGAAGGAAUGGUUGACAUUGGUAUUCCCUUUGGGGCUGAAGGUGGCUAUAGGCAGAGCUUUGUGCUACACAAUACUUACUGGGAGUUCUACCUGAUUUACCUCUACUAUGAGGGCUUGUUCAUGGACAGCUUUCACACUGAGAACAGACAUCGCCAUACUAAGCUUCUUAUAACUCCAUUACUGCCACACUUCCCCUUCACUAUCAACCAGACCAUCAUUGAGGAUAGAGCGUUCACUCUUUACGUGGGAAAUUUCCUUUCUGAUGUGGCACUGGAGACCGUGACCUUGAAUGGACAUGAAUUCAACCUUGUUGAGGCAACCCAGCGUGGAUACACCAUUGUGGAGGUUCCACAUGCCAAUGGAACCCAUGCAUACAUCAUCAGGGUUCCUUUUGAGGAUCCCUUGGUGCCAAAAACGUAUUUUACAGAGGGUGUUCUGCAGUACCUGCUGUAUGUUAAUUUCACUCUUAACAUCAUGCUACAAGAGGAUUACUUCUUCCAUUUGGCCUCUUUGAAGGCUAGGAUCCCUGAUGUCUAUCCUCCCACCUUCAGUGGACUGUGCCAGGCCCAUGGGAUAGCGUUUAGACUGGCCCAUGAGGAGUUUAAUCACAUGUGGGACAUUACCAUUGGUGACCAUCUUCUUACAGAGCAGUAUGCCGUGAGGCAGGGAUACCUGAUGACCAAUGACAGCCAGGGCAUUCUCCUAGAUGUGCCACUCUUCACUCCUAGAUAUCUUUACGAGGAUAUAAACUUGCACCAGUUCUUUGGUACUUUUGAAAUCCUCUCCAGAGAUGCAAAAACCCAGGAGGUUCAGGGGCACUCGGUCAAACGUUGUCCCUUCCAAACCACAGAGCUCAUCGUGUGUUCCACAAGAGGGGUCAUGACCGUGGCGACGAGUGUGGUCAAAUCCAUCCCCAAAGCCGAUCCAGAGAGGACCACAUUGCUCGACACGACAUGCAAACCUAAAGAGACGGAUGAGACUCGAGUUCUCUUUGAGUUUGAUCUUGCAACGUGCGGAACCCAAAUGAAGGUGAAGAAUGACUUGAUGAUCUUUGAGAAUAUCAUCAUGUUUGAGCAAGAGCCCAUCCCUAGUGAGCGCCCAGUAAUAACAAGAGACGCCUCCUUCAAAUUGGCUGUCCGGUGUUCCUACCCAGUGGAUGCGGUGAAUACGGACGUGUACUUCACAUCGAGUGUGCCAGGCUGGGGCUCUGUGGGAGAAGCCGAGCCAUAUGUGCAGGCUCUGGCGAAGCCCAUUGUGUUGCCUGCACCAGAGGCAGUGACUACAGCCAGCGUGCCCAUCACACCCAGGAUAAAGACUGCUCCCACCCAGAGUCCUGCCAAGUUCAUGAGGGUCUCCAGCCACCACAUUGCCAAGAGCCAAAGCUCAUAGAACCAGACUACAGAAGGUACGAAUGGAGGAUUGCGUGAUCAACUCAUGAGGCGUGAUUCUUGUUGUUUAUCUCAAAUAAAAUGCCAACAGAAGUCAGUUUGUAUAUCUCUAGUUUUUACAAACUUGCAACCUCUGGAGUUUAAUUCAGUAUGUUUGUUGAAUAACAAUUGAUGGUUUCUAUACUCUUAUGUUGAUAUUCAACAUAUCCAGCAUCUUGUGUGCGACAGACAAAAAGUCAUAUUGAUAGAUAGAUAAAUAGAUACUUUAUUGAUCCCCAAGGGGAAAUUCUGUUGGUAGCGCAAUGACAAGAUCUGUAUUCAAAAUAUUACCGUAAUCUUGUUACCAAUUUUUGAAGUGUGUGCUUCCUUGUUUGUGUGUUUGACAACAUGCCUCUUGUUCUAUCUUGGGCAUCUGGAUGAUCAUGUACGAAGACUUGGUUUCUGGUGACCUUCUGCCUUUGAAAAUGUAUAGCACAUUGGAACCAGUUGGCCUACUACUGUCAUCUCUCCCUCAUAGUAGGGAAUUAAAAUACCAAUCUUGUUUUCAUAACCCCUA